UUUUGAGUGGUCUCGCCUGCCCAGUUGUCGACGGUAGACGCAUUGAGACAGUGAGGAGUUUCUAAAGAAAGAAGUGGUCUUUAGUUAGUUUUGUGUAUUACUUUGUUGUAUUAUUUCUGAAACUAUUUGUGUUGUUAACUUCUGCCCAAAACUAUGGCUUCCUCUGAUGAUGCUCCGCAGCCGUAUAAAGGAGUCCGACCCCUGUCCCUGGCCGGCCAUGUGGGCUUUGACAGCCUCCCUGAUCAGCUUGUCAACAAGUCCAUCUGUCAGGGCUUCUGCUUCAAUAUUCUCUGCAUCGGUGAAACUGGUAUCGGGAAGUCUACUCUGAUGGACACUCUUUUCAAUACCAACUUUGAGAACUUCGAGUCAUCACACUUUGAGCCUCAAGUGAAGCUGCGGGCUCAAACAUAUGACUUACAUGAGAGUAAUGUCCGACUACGCCUUACUGUGGUCAACACUGUGGGCUUUGGGGACCAGAUGAAUAAGCAAGAGAGUUAUCAGCCAGUGGUGGACUACAUCGACAGGCAGUUCGAGAGUUUUUUACAAGAAGAGCUCAAAAUCAAACGCUCUCUUCACAACUACCAUGACUCACGAGUCCACGCCUGCCUUUAUUUCAUCUCCCCCUCGGGUCAUUCACUCAAAUCCCUGGACCUCGUCACCAUGAAAAAGCUAGACAGCAAGGUGAACAUCAUCCCAGUGAUCGCCAAGGCUGACACCAUCAGCAAGAGCGAGCUGCAUAAGUUUAAGAUCAAAAUCAUGAGCGAGCUGGUCAGCAACGGUGUCCAAAUUUAUCAGUUCCCCCUGGAUGAUGAGACUGUGGCCAAGGUCAACACUGCGAUGAAUGGUCAUUUGCCAUUUGCUGUGGUAGGCAGCACAGAGGAAGUCUCUGUUGGCAAUAAGAUGGUGAAGGCUCGUCAAUAUCCCUGGGGUGUAGUUCAAGUGGAGAACGAAAGUCACUGUGACUUUGUAAAGCUCAGGGAAAUGCUGAUCUGCAUUAACAUGGAGGACCUCAGAGAGCAGACGCACACUCACCACUACGAGCUGUACAGGCGUUGCAAACUGGAAGAAAUGGGAUUCCAGGACACAGACCCCGAGUGCAAACCCGUCAGCUUGCAGCAGACGUAUGAGGCCAAGCGUCAGGAGUUCCUGGUGGAGCUGCAGAAGAGAGAGGACGAGAUGAGGCAGAUGUUUGUGCAGAGGGUCAAGUUGAAGGAGUCGGAGCUGAAGGAGGAUGAGAGAGAGCUGCAAAGUCGUUUUGAGCAGCUGAAGCGCCUCCAUGCAGAUGAGAAAUCAGCUCUGGAGGAAAAGAAGAGGCUCCUGGACGAGGACCAGAGUUCCUUCGGCAAGAGGAGAGCUGCCGCCCAGCUGCUGCAGGCCCAGAGCCUCACCGCCAACGGCAAGAAGGACAAAGACCGCAAGAAUUCUGGCUUCAUGUGAAGAUGCUUGGAUCUGAAGAACACUCCAGUAUGACCAGUAUAACCAGUGACAUUAUGGCCACAUCCUUUCCAUUCCUUUGUGGCCAGUCUCAAACACUAACCAUCCAAAAAAAAUCACACAAACCAGCAGUGUGUGAGUGUGUGCCAAAGUUUAAUGUCUGUACCCUUUGUGUGUGUCUGUGUGUACACACUUUUCUCCAUGAUAUUUUUAAUUGUCUUUGUGGGUUUUAUUCCUAGUGUAAUAUUUUAUAUUUAUCCUUUCAUUUUUAUACCAAACCUGUAUUUUUCCAUAUACUUCCCUGUUUUUUUUGUUCUCAAUUUUCCCAGACUGAGGGACACAGAUCAAAGAAUUUCAAUAUGUACAACACUAUAUUGAAAGGGACAUCGUCACUUACAUUUAGUCUGCCAUAUGUCUAUAGUGUAUAAUAACAACACACUUAAUGUGCUGUAAUGCAUCCUCAAGACUUUGCUAAUGAGAAAAAGGACAUCUGUGAUAUGCUUGUAAUUUAUUAUAAAGCCCCUUUCAGACAUGCACUUCAUUAGGAGAUUCACAUUUUGGUCUCAUUAAUAAAGCCUCAGAGAUAAACAA